CCUGCGGCGCGGCGCAUGCGCAGUGCGGCACGGCCGCGGGCACGGGAUCCGCCGGUGUCACCGAGGUUCGGAACCGCCGCCAUCAUGGUGCUGGACCUGGACCUGUUCCGUGCCGAUAAAGGCGGGGACCCCGCGGCCGUGAGGGAGAUGCAGCGGAAACGAUUCAAAGACCCGGCGCUGGUGGACGCGUUGGUGCGGGCGGACGGAGAAUGGCGGAGGUGCAGGUUUCGUGCCGAUAACUUGAACAAGCUGAAGAACCUGUGCAGCAAAACCAUCGGUGAUAAGAUGAAGAAGAAGGAGCCCGUAGGGAGCGAUGAGUCUGUGCCAGAGAAUGCGCAGAACCUGGACGAGCUGACGGCCGACGUCCUGGGGGGGCUGCAGGUGUCUCAGAUCAAGAAGGUCCGUCUCCUCAUCGACGAAGCCAUCCUCAAAUGCGAUGCAGAGCGAGUCAGGCUGGAGGCUGAGCGCUUUGAGAGCCUGCGGGAGAUCGGGAACCUCCUGCACCCCUCAGUGCCCAUCAGCAACGAUGAGGAUGCAGACAACAAAGUGGAACGGAUCUGGGGGGACUGCAGCUGCAGGAAGAAAUACUCCCACGUGGACCUGGUGGUGAUGGUGGAUGGUUACGAGGGAGAGAAGGGGGCUGUUGUUGCAGGAAGCCGGGGCUACUUCCUGAAGGGUCCCCUGGUGUUCCUGGAGCAGGCCCUGAUCCAGUACGCCCUGCAGAGCCUCCGUGCCAAGGGCUACACUCCUGUCUACACGCCCUUCUUCAUGCGGAAGGAGGUGAUGCAGGAGGUGGCCCAGCUCAGCCAGUUUGACGAGGAGCUCUACAAGGUGAUCGGCAAGGGCAGCGAGAAGGCUGAGGACAGCUCUAUUGAUGAGAAGUACCUCAUUGCCACCUCAGAGCAGCCCAUUGCUGCCCUGCACCGGGAUGAAUGGUUGAAGCCUGAGGAUCUACCCAUCAAAUACGCAGGGCUGUCCACCUGCUUCCGCCAGGAGGUCGGCUCACACGGCCGCGACACACGAGGCAUCUUCCGUGUCCACCAGUUUGAGAAGAUCGAGCAGUUCGUCUACGCGUCCCCCCACGACAACAAGUCCUGGGAGAUGUUUGAUGAGAUGAUCGCCACGGCCGAGGAGUUCUACCAGUCCCUGGGCAUCCCCUACCACAUCGUCAACAUCGUUUCGGGCGCCCUGAACCACGCUGCCAGCAAGAAGCUGGACCUGGAGGCCUGGUUCCCAGGUUCGGGGGCGUUCCGGGAGCUCGUGUCCUGCUCCAACUGCACCGACUACCAGGCGCGACGCCUGCGCAUCCGCUUCGGGCAGACCAAGAAGAUGAUGGACAAGGUGGAGUUUGUGCACAUGCUGAACGCCACCAUGUGCGCCACCACCAGAACCAUCUGCGCCAUCCUGGAGAACUACCAGACUGAGGAGGGCAUCGUGGUCCCUGAAAGGCUGCGGGACUUCAUGCCCCCAGAUCUCCGCCAGAUCAUCCGCUUCGUGAAGCCGGCCCCCAUCGAGCAGGAGCUCUCCAAGAAGCAGAAGAAGCAGCAGGAAGGCGGCAGGAAGAAGGGGGCUGGGGGGGAGCGGGUGCUGGAGGAGCAGAUGCAGAACAUGGGCGUCAGCAGCGCCUGAGUCCUUCGGGCUCGGCCGGGCUGGGCGCCGACUCCUUCGCUUCGGGCCGAGUCUGGGGUGGGAGCUGCCGGUCCCCACCCGGCCCUAUGGAGCCGUAGGGCAAAGAACUGACAGCUAUGGGGCUCCGGUCCGUCCCCGCCUCCCCCUCCCCGCCCAGCGGGGUCACUGCAUGGCAGGCUCAUGGCAGGGGCGGAAUCCUUUCGUUCAACCCAAUAAAGCAAAGAGCUGCU